AUGCGGGGCAAGGACGAUGAGUACGAUUAUCUCUUCAAAGGUGGGUCUGCUGCCCGGCCGUGCCCGCGCUCGGUCUCAACCCGCUGCCGUCACGGCUGGCUCCACGCAGCACCCUCGACGUGGGACUGGGAGCUGGGGCAUCCUGCCCACAAGGCCCCAAGUAAUUCUAGCCACCGACACGACGUAAUUCCAACCAGCAACGUGCUGGUAGCCCCUGGCUCCUUGCGCACCUCCCCUGGCCGCUGCCCAGGAAAAUCGUCCUCCCUGGAGUUAGUCUGGGACCUGAAUGUCAGUGAAUAUGGUGCUUUCCCAUCCCCAGGGACAGAAACUUCUGGCAACUUCCCAGUGAGGGCAGGGAUUUUCUCAAGGGUUGUACUCAUUGGGGACUCAGGGGUGGGGAAGAGCAACCUGCUCUCGCGCUUUACCCGCAAUGAGUUCAACCUGGAGAGCAAGAGCACCAUCGGGGUGGAGUUUGCCACGAGGAGCAUCCAGGUGGACAACAAGACGGUGAAGGCUCAGAUCUGGGACACAGCCGGGCAGGAGCGGUACCGAGCCAUCACCUCAGCGUACUACCGGGGGGCAGUGGGAGCUCUCCUCGUCUAUGACAUUGCCAAAUACCUGACAUAUGAGAAUGCAGAGCGCUGGCUGAAGGAGCUGCAGGACCAUGCUGAUGCCAACAUUGUCAUCAUGCUGGUGGGCAACAAGAGUGACCUGAGGCACCUGCGGGCUGUGCCCACCGAUGAGGCCAGGAGCUUUGCAGAGAAGAACGGGCUGUCCUUCCUUGAGACAUCUGCUCUGGAUUCCACCAAUGUGGAGACAGCUUUCCACAACAUCCUCUCAGAGAUCUACCGCAUCGUGUCCCAGAGACAGAUCACUGGCCAGCCAGAGUCCGAGUUUGGCCCCUCCACCACCAUUGAGCCCAUCCGGGUGCUGCCCACGCAGCAGGAGGGCCGGCAGGCGCCCUGCUGCCAGAACAUCUGA